CGGUGGAGAGCUUCUGAUUCGCGCAGGCCUGGCUCACCUUGGCGUCUCUUCGCACACCAGUCCCGAGAUCCGAGCAGCAGAUCCGUGAUCCGAUUCCGGAAAGCGGGGUCUGAUCCGGAUCCCUCGGGCCUCGUGGCUGCCAGUGUGACCCUGGGCAAGUUUCGCCAGCUGGGCCUCAAAUUUCCUUGUGUGGACCAGAGGUUCCCGGGUGGGAUGAGCAGUGCGGUUCUCCCAUCCUGAGCCUUUGUGACUUUAUGGGCAGAAUGGCCACACGUCCCUGAUCCCUACAGGUCUUGGCCAUGAACGCCCCUGGUGGAAGGAGGCAGGAACGUAGACAGGCCCAUAGACCCCGGGAACAGGACCGAGAUGUGCAGCUGUCUAAGGCCCUGUCCUAUGUCCUACGCCAUGGAGCUCUGAAGCUGGGACUUCCCAUGCAAGCUGAUGGCUUUGUACCCCUGCAAGCUCUCCUGCAGCUGCCCCAGUUCCACAGCUUCACCAUUGAGGAUGUGCAGCACGUGGUGGAAAACAAUGGAAAGCAGCGGUUUGCCCUGCAGCCAGGCGAGCCCAGCACUGGUCCUCUCAUCAGGGCCAAUCAGGGCCACUCCCUACAAGUACCUGAGCUGGAGCUGACGCCCCUGGAGACACCACAAGCCCUGCCUUUGAUGCUAGUCCAUGGUACAUUCUGGAAACAUUGGCCAUCUAUUCUACUGAAGGGCUUGUCACGCCAAGGAAGGGCGCACAUCCACUUGGCCUCAGGAUUGCCUGGAGACCCUGGUGUCAUCAGUGGUCAGUAUCACCUUGACCUAUUCUGUCCUCCCAGGUCCCCCACCAAGGGUCACAGCUUCGUUUGUGUGAGAUCCCCACACAGACUUGCGUGGAGCAGUACCUCCCCAUCCCACCAUAGAGCCCCAUUCUGCCCAGGUACCCCUGGCCCUAGUCUAGUUGUCCCUGCAGGCAUGCGUCCAAAUUGUGACGUGGUGGUGUUCAUCGAUGGACCCCUAGCUCUGGCAGAUGGAAUCUCCUUCUUCCGCUCUGCCAACGGGGUGAUCCUGACUCCAGGGAAUGCUGAAGGCUUCCUGCUUCCCAAGUACUUCAAGGAGGCCCUGCAGCUACGACCCACCCGAAAGCCUCUCUCCUUGGCUGGUGAUAAAGAGGCAGAGUAUCAGAGUGGCGCCAGGCACAGCCCCAGAGGAGGAAGAAAGAUCCAACAAUAAAAUAUGUAUUUAUUUUAAAAAAAAACCCAACAACUCUGAAAACUGUCACAGGAAGAAAGUCCAGUUUGAAAGCAAGA